ACACAGCAGCUCGUCCGGGCCUCUCUCGCCCCUCAUCGCCACCCUCCUCCCUCGGCAUCCAAUCUGAGUGGGCGGGAGGACCUUCCCAACCCCCUGAACCCGCGGCUAUACCCGCCCCUGCGCGCUUAUAAAGCCGGCCCGGAUCGCGCCGGAAAGUCUUGGGUCUUCAGAAUCGCUCAGGGUUGCAGCAGAACAUCCCCCCUCCUCCGUCUUAUCCCUCCCCUCUCCAUCAUCCUCUCACUGUUUUUUAGGAGACUCUUUUUACGCAUCAUCCAUCCUCACCCCAUCCACCACCGCCACACUCCACAGCUGCAGCGGGACCGUCUUUCUGCAGGCCAGUUGCAUGCAUUGUUCGUCUCCCAAAAUGGUUUGCGAGACUAAAAUCGUUGCGGACGAACACGAGGCUAUAGCGGGGACCAAAAAAGAGCCGAUGAUGUGGGGCUCCCCGGCGGCCCCCGGCGCGGCUCUGAGCCCCGCCGCCGAGCCCAAGGAUGUGCGGAGGGACGGGGUUUUUAUCCGCGAGUUCGAGCGGGAGGACCAGGAGGAGGUGCUGCGCAUUUUCCACGAGGGGAUCAUGGAGCGGAUACCCAACUCGGCGUUCAGGGGGAUCUGGCAGCAGCCCCGGAUCCAGUUCUUAUACGCCUUUCUGACAGUAAUGUGCUUUUACAUGACCAAAUCUGUCACGCUGACCUGCUGCGCACCGCUCAUUCUCAUGGGUGCACGCUACUACUACAGCAGGAAAGUUAUCCAGAAUUAUUUGGACUGUGCUCUGAACACCGACAUGGCUGACAUUGAGGCCUAUUACAUGAAGCCCACAGGCUCCUGCUUCUGGGUGGCGGUUCUGGACGGGCGCGUUGUGGGCAUCGUGGCGGCGCAGGGCCACGAGGAUGACAACACCGUGGAGCUGCGGCGGAUGUCCGUGGACUCUCGCUACCGGGGCAAAGGCAUCGCGAAGGCCCUGGGCCGCCGAGUUCUGGAGUACGCCGUGCGCAACAACUACGCCGCCGUGGUCCUCGGAACGACCGCCGUCAAGUUGGCUGCCCACAAGCUGUACGAGUCGCUGGGCUUCUGCAGGACGAGCCAGAGCGAGGACUACAGGCUACCCGGGAUGAGCCGCUCGCCGCUGGAGAGAAUCUUCUUUCAGAUCCGCCACAGCCGCUACCGCCUGCAGCUCCGUGAGGAGUGAGAGGUGACGGAGAGAGAGAGAGAUGGAGGAGGGGGAGAUGGAGGGAGAGAGGGACAGAGAGAGCAAACACCCUCCUUCACCUUUGAACCCCGACCGCAUCCUCUCCUCUGACAGCUUUUAUUUAUUUUGAGUCACUGUAGUUAUGCUUGAGUAACCCUUUUACUAUUUCACGGUGAAGUCGCAGAUGUUUUUUAUUGUUACACUUUUCUUGCUAUAGUUUUUGUAUUUUAAUUUUACACUGACUGAGUAUAUAUAUAUUUCUAAGUUUCAUUAACCUAAUUUUUUGGCAUUCUUGUCCCUCCCUCUCCACCGGAGAAAUAAAACUAUGUAUUAGACAUUUAGCUGGCAUCCAAACCAGUCACUGUCCGGCCUUUGACCCCAGAUGAUGCGACUCAUGCCAAACCCACUGGAAAGGGUCGGACGCGACGGGAUGGUUGAGAUACGGUUUUGUUGAGAGGUGAAAAAGUUUAAUAAUCAGCCCUGGUGAAAAUGUGUACAAAAGACACAUCAUUAAAGUAAACGGUUCUCAUUUUAUGUCUCGCAUUUCUCCAAAAACGUUGCCAUACAAGGAGUGUAAAAAUGGAAGAAGCUUCCUUUUACACGCUUUUCUGUCAAGGUUUUGUCUGGCAACCCAAGGAGACGUCGUCAUUAACUAACUAUUUCAAGACAACAGGGCAACUCAAGACCUGCUUCCUUCGUUAAUUCAAAAUCAUUUUCCCAUCCUGAAGACUGGCUAAGAGAAACGGGCCUCAGUUUUCAUCGACCACAUAAUUCGGAAAACUGAAUCCAAAAUAGACUUGUGUAAUGGCAAUUUCGAAAAAAUGUUUUAAUAAAACGUUUUUGCAAUAGGAUGAGGUUGUUUUUCAACCUCAAUGAAAUUAGUGUAUUUCACAAACCUGCUGUGGAAACAUUUUCUGUCAACAAGCGGAUGUUACUACUGGCAGAAAAGACGAGGAAAACGACCGGAAGUGGUCGAAGGAUGUUGGGGUGAGCAAUCUCUUUCAACUGAUCUGACUGCGUUAAAGGAAGCAGCUAAACUGAAAAUCUGUGUUUUUUCUACAUUAGCGGGAUAUAAAAACACAGCUCUUACUUUAUUUGAUGCCUCAGGAAACAGGAAGUCAAGAAUUACAAAUUAAAAGCUUCAAAACGCGCUUAAAAGAAUAAAACAAGGGUAGAAAUUGCAAAAUGCUUCAGUUAAAUUGAUGCAAUGGGAAUUAUUUUCAUUGACAAUAAUUAAGUGGUAAUUUUGUCGCAUAAUUACUACAAUUUAAAAUUUUUUCUACACAUCUUUACCAGGGGUGCAAGCAAGUGUGGGACAGUCUUAUUUGUGUGCAUUGUGAUGGUUAGUGUAACACGGAGGGAACUCAGCUGACAGCUGGCCUCCGUCUCAAAAAACCAUAUUGAGGCACAGCGAGAGCCGAGUCCCGCAGUGAGGUUUAAGGACAACAGGAAGGCCACCAGAAUACGCUCAGCGCAUCCUGUACACAUUCAGCGACGCCUCCUGAAACACUCGCCUCUACUGUCCUUCCAAGCAAAUUACUAAACUUCUUCUCCUCUUGUUUUUAACUUAUUUAAUCGAUGAGCCGCUCGUUUUAUCUCUCCGGAGCUGUGGAUGGGUUUCUGGUUUAAGGUGGAGGAAGGGUGGAGCUCAGAGUCUGAAUGUGUGUGUGAUGACUGAGAGCUUGUCAUGGCGUCUGUAUGCAGAUUGAGGAGGCAAGUGUGGUUGACGUGACACCGAGCCUCCAGAGCGCGUGAGGAAUCUUUUUCUUUGGCUAAAAGUCAAGGGUUGUCUGACUUAAAUUACUUUAUACGUGUGCUUAUAAAUUGUUUACUGACUAAAUCAAGUAAUGGUCUAACAUUUUGAAUACGUUAACAGCCUAACUGGAAAAUUUGUAAUUUUCUAACUUUAACAAAGUUCCACGUUUAAAUAUGCAAAUUUUACUGUCAAAACUACAACAAUGACUAAGUAGCUGCAGUCUACGUUUAAUAAACAUUCAGGUCAUUGGGUACAACACGACUAACAAGCAAUACUUUGAAAUGUACGCUACAUAACUGAGCACAAAUUACAACCCAGUAUUAGAACCCAUGUAUUGGCAUGACCAUCCCUUCUGUUCCGUGUUCUUACUGUGUAUAGAGCUGAAAACUCAUGUAGCAAAUGCCGAAGUUUGUCUCGUACCUGCUUACUCCGACCGAGCAACCAGCAGCAGAUUCAGCAAUCCAUGACUCUGAGCCUAAGUUGUGUCAUCAAACCAAUUUUAUAAUGUUAGAUGUACAGCAAAAUAUAAUAAUAAUAAUAAUAAAAAAAAAAAGCACAUAAUGAAAAAAAAAAAUUGGGGGGAAAAACAUGAACGUCAUCGUCACAACUCAGCACCAUCCCUCACUUUCCUCUUCCCUCCUCCCUAUUCAUGAAUCUGACUGCAACCCUGGGCUGGACCAAACAGCCCGUCACCCUGAACACAACCUUCUGCAUGUGCCCCCCCCAACCCAGAGCCUUGCUGCAAAGCUUUAAUUACUUCAUUUCAAACUGGUGGGACCAGUCCCAAGACCUGGUCCCCGGCCAGAGAUGGAUGCGACGCCGCCUCUGCAGCGAGGGGACCGACUGGCGUCAGGUUGCACAUCAUGUACGGUUGUGUGUGUGCACGGGCGUGAUGCGGAGGAGGCGGGCGAUGAGAGCGACAGGCCGCGCGCGAGCGCUUGUGUGGCUGAGAGUUGGUGCAGACGUACAGAUCACGCUUACCGACUGCGGCGCUGCCUGGACGACGUUAUGCCCGCCAGCUCACCAACUGUAGAAUGCAAACAGCAAUGCAAGUGUGGCAUGCCUCUGUACCCAGUGUGUGUCUGGUGCCUGCCCUGGAAAUGCAUAGGACAAAAAACAAAACAACAUAUGUACUAUAUAAAAGAUAUAUAUAUAUACAUAUAUAUAUAUACAUACAUAUAUAUAAUAAGAGAAAAUACGCUUUUUUAAGAUAAACAUAUGAGAUAAAUAUGUGUUUCUUUAAAGAAAAAAGAAUUGUAACAUCUGCAUGAAAUUUGUCUUUGAAUGCAAAUAUAACUGUAAGGAGAGGAACUCUGACCACAUGGCGACAGAAAACACUUGUUUACAUUACUUUGAAUGGUCCAAAUUAUCUUUAAUAAUUAUUACCAGCCACAAGCCAGUACUACAAAUCUUUAUGAGGACAAAACUCAUCUAACAGCUGCGGUUAUUCAGAGUAAAUCCAUCACUGACGGAGGGAAAAGAAGGUUAGUUUCUCUUGUUAUCUUCUAUUAGAUCAGCUUUAAGACGUUUCGAAGGCAUUGGAUCGAAGUGCAAAAAGCACAAAUUCUGUAGGUGUUUACAAAACUAGAUGCACCAGCGGACCAAAGUAAAAGCUGAAUUUCAAACUGAACGUAUUUAAAUAUCUAAAACAUUGUACCAGUUUACUCUAGGCAUGGGCCGGCGGGAGAUUCAGGGUGUAACCUUCAGUAUGUUUUCACUGCAUCGAAUUGGUUACACUAAGUAAUUCAAACUAAAAUAGUUCACAUCAUUUAUUUGCUUUACUAUUAUUUUUCUUGCUGCAGAAAUAGUACAACACAUGCAUUAAAUGUACAAUUACAGUAAUCAUGUGUAUUAUAAUAAUCUUGCUGAUAACAUUUGACCUUUAAAAAAAACAGCAGAAUAAACACCUGCAACUAUUAGGAGUUGUUUUUAAGUGCUUAUUAGAGCUGAUGUCAGCUGGUCAGUUAGUCAGGUUAUUUGCUGCGGUAGAGACAACAGUCAGCUGCUUAACAAAAACUGUCUGCAGCUUCAAAACAGUAUCACCACUGAUGGUUUCCACGUUGUCUCUGUCCAGAAACGUCUCUAAACAACUUUCUAGAACUUGUCAGUGAAGGAAAAGAAGAGGGUGUUGGAUCCCUAAAGCUGACCAGCAGUGCUCAAAUUUAAUGAUGCAAAAUGUGAGUGAUUUUAAAAUCUUACUUUUAAAAUGCAUCUUGGUAUACCCUAGAUAGCUGUAACUGGCCCAUGCCUACAUUUCAGCUAGUUUUAAAUUCCACAGCAAUGAUUUUUGUUUGCAUCAUACCAGUAGACAUAAAAAGCUAACCUCAGUUUGCUCUCAAAUCACAUAUUUUAUAUCUCAGAGGCUGAAGAAACCUCUUUUUUGUUCACACCGUGUGAAACGAGACACUUAUCUAUCACAGCCACUCUGUUUUCUCACACUCUUUUGAGCAAUAUUUUCCUGAUUUCACACUGAACUCCAAAUCCACUAAACUAACCACAGUGAUAGGCAACAUGUUAGCACAACAGCGUCACAAUAAUUGGCCUGUGCCAUUUUACUCCAGAUCAACUCUGGUGUCACAACAGCGAGACGUCAGUGGCGCUGAAAACAUGUCAGACGACUUACUUUGAUGCAGACGAGACGCUCGAUCCGACCGCUGUGGGAAGAAGGAGAAACGAGUCAGCUCUGCUGCUGUCAUUUUCCCAGUUCUAAGAUUUAAAAGCUCCUUCACACAUUUUGAGAGAAAUCAUUCAUGCUGACAAGCAUUAUUACGAAGGAAGGCAACAUCAUUCAAAACGCUUCUGCCAAGACCUUUAUGCACUGGAAUCAAACAUGUGGACUGCAUGGCAUAAACUAGUCUAAGGGCAAAUUUUGACUCCUAAAGACAAAGUGCACUGACUGUACUAUAAUGCAUUUACUUACGGUCUGAGCAAUGUAUGUUUUCUACUUCACGUGAAUGCUUUGCCCUGUGAAGUCUUACCUCUUUUGAAGACUUGGUCUUGCAUAUCUAAUGUUAGAAUGUAGUGACUUGUAUUGAACAUCAGUGUUAGCUGACAUAUGCUGUACAUUUAGUUAUGCUCCAUUCUUUUUAAAUAUUCUGCUGAUGUACAAUCCAAACAAUGAGUUUAUGUUGUAUUUUUCUGUUUGAGAGUGUGCGCUUUCUUUACCAGGCUGACGUUUGAUGGGCUUAGGGGGAUCUCCUUUGGUUCUUUCUGCUUUUUGAAGCGACCACUUUAAGUCUGAAAACGUGGUCAAUUUUCUUUCAGUUUAUUACUGAGGAAAGAAGCUCAUGUUAUUAGAAACUGCACAAAUGUCCGGAUUCUGGGAGCGGCGUUCUUAAGCAACAGCGUUAAGAACGAACGCUCGCUGGUAUGAAUGUAAACUGCCAAACUUUUUCCUCAUUUUAUUGUCUUUGAUUGCUGCUUGCAAUUUAUUUUUUACGUUCUGAACAAACCUUUUGCAGAAGGUUUCGAGCACCUGAUGGUUUUUAAUAAUUAACUCAACCGCCCUAUUAAUUAUCUAGCAUUUCGAGUGAUUGUAAAUAGCUGUAUCUCUAUCAACUGCUUUUUUAUUCUUAGUUACCUGUCAGCCUUGCUGGUUUGGACGGAUCCUGAUGAGUUUGUGUUUGUGUCGCCGGGGAACACGCCGCCUGACGAAGAGGACGAUGAGGGAGGAAUGUGCCAACACUGGCAGUCAAACAGAGGGGGCUUUGCGGGGCUCAGCGCUGACUCCCUCUCUCUCUCUGAUGCUGCUGCUGUAGAGGACUCUGGACUGAGGCCACACGUUCCAAGAACGCCUAAGCACUUGUAGCACAACUGUGUCCUGUUUUGCUAUUACUGUACAGUACUGAUUGUUCUGCUUUUUCCUCUUUCGUCUUAACAUUUCCCAUCAAGAUUGUGGAUCCCGUUUCCCUUUCUCCUGUAUUAUCAGCUGUAUGUAUGAUGAGCAGAUAUAUGCAGGGUUAUAUCGGCUUUUGCUUUUUGUGGAGGUAAAAAAUUGCCAAAGGUGUCCGUACUGUGAUGUACAAAAUGUAUUAAUACCCCUUGAACUUUCAUAGGUUUUGCCACUUUAAAAAAAAAAUCAGUUUUUGUUGUACUUCAUGUGAUAGAGACACACAAAGAAGCGUUUAUUAGGGAAGUUAGAGGAAGGGUAAAUUGUUUUACAUUUUUUUCCACAAAUCAGUGUGCUGUCCAUUCACUCCCCUCAGUCAAUACCUUGUCUUUUUAUUGUAAUUGCCAACGUCUCUACUAGCCUUGCAAGUAUAUAGUUUGAAUUUUUCCCUCAAAAUCCUCAAAGGAGCGCCGACGAUCCAGCCAAAUUUGCAGUACCGUGAAUCCGCCACACUUUCUGCUAUCUGAAAAAUUCCAACAGUUUCUGAAAGAGGAGACGUUGCGCUUUCCAGCCAAUAUCGGGUUAUUACGGUAAUUUCAUCCCUGCUGUAACAGAAAGUGAAAUCAUUUCGAGGGGCAAUCUUUUAAUAGAUGGUAAAAUGGAAAAAUAACUUCUGGAUAUUGAAAGUUCCAGUUUUAUGAAUAAAUGGAAAAUAUAUUUACUCACAGGACAUUUAAAGAACUGUGUACAAUUAAAAUAAGCAAACAUAUCCAUCAAAUCCAUUUAAAUUUAGGACAUAAUGGGUUAAAUAUGGAAGAUACGUAACAUGUUUUUUCCCCCUCAGUAUUGUCUGCUGUUUAGCAUUCCCACAGCAUGAUGCUGCCACCUCUAAGCUCAACAGAGACCACAGAAUCUUGUGCUUUGGUUUUCUUCUGCAGCUGUGAUUACAGGUGUUGCGUUGUCUUCGAGAUGCUGUUCAUUUACUAAUGUUCUCGCACAACCCUAGCUGAAUUUAUGCUGAGAUUAAAUUAAACACAAGACAGACUACGUUAACCAAUAAAGUGGUACCGGCUCUGAAUGUAAUUGGUAGGUGUCAGAGCAAAAGGGGCAGAAUGCAAACCCACAUCUAUGGUCUAUCGCAUGAAAUCCCAAAAACACAAAUUGAAGUUUGUGAUUCAGAAGUGGCAAAAUGUAAAAAAGUUCCAGGGGUGAAUGUCUUUGUGAGGCAUUGUAAGUGUUGCUUAUUUCCCCCCCUGACAUCACACACAUUUUUUCAUACUCACUUAAAAAUAUUGGUUGUUUGUUUUUUUUUCUUUUGGAAAGAACUCCUGCCCACGUGCCAUCUAAUUAAGCAAUAAGUACAACCGGACAAAACAUGAAAGUAAUGAUCCCCCACACAGAUUUUCCUGGAAAAGAUGAGACGCUGCAUUCACAUCCCUCCCUUUUGUGGCACCUAUCGCAGUGGCACAGAUGCCAGCAGACUAUUGGCAAUGACUUCUCAUUAAAUCAGCCUGAAGGGGAGAUUGUAAAGUCUUUUUCUUGCUUUGUAUUUUUUUUUCACUCAAAGCUGAAGUACACAGGUGUACCUCUGAAUAAUUGUAAAGAUGCCAAAAAGAAAUGACAGAAGAGGGAUGACGGAUGCUAAAGAACAUGCAGUUCAAGCAGACAUGAGGAGGAAACGGCGCAGCUGCUCUGAAAGCGGUUUUGGCUGUAAACACCUCUUAACUCAGCUCCUAGACUCCUGGUUAAUUCACUCCGCCAAGACAACUGAACAUGUUAAUCAUGCAGAUGUUUCACUGCAAGUGAGACUGACAGCAUUUCUUUAAAUCUCCUUGCUCGUAACUGUAAAACUGUAAAGUAUAUUUCAAUGUAAAUAGUACCUUGGGUCAUUUUUACACCUUUUAUAACUGUGAAUAUGGAUUUAAAAUUUAUAUUAAAAAUUAUAUUUACAAAUGGUUUCAGAGCCUCAACUGUGGUGCAGGUGCUACCUCACCGCAAACCCACGAUGAGUGGGAGCAAACCCUUUCAGAGGCAGCGGUAAGCGCCAUCUUAGCCCUGGUUCCUGUGACCUGAUCUUUGUCCUGCAGUGACGGGUUCAGCCACGGCCUUUUCUCUUCAUGCCUGUCUGAUUGAACUCUGCAGACCGGUGUCAAAGCGCUGGAGGCAGCAGCUUUGUGAGCUUGUAGCUCAGGACUGAGCCUGUGUAGCUACAUGGAGCUGCUGUGAUGCAAAUGCACUCUGUGCCCCGGAGCGCUGUCGUGGCUAUUGUCUGUUACCAGGAAACUGAGCCGCACAAAGCACAGCAGAGGACAGAUACACAGCCACACUGUGGGGAGGCAGACUGGUCAGGCAGGAUGGAGGGACGGAUGGACGGAUGUAGGAUGUCACAAGUUGGCACAAGGGGAGCCCUUUAACAAUUGUUUUAAAGUUUAAAACACAAAAAGAAAGGAAGGGAAUAACAUUGGUUGAGAAAAGUAGGGUGUAAACUGUGGUAAACACAGGCAAAGUGCCGAGUUAAGCUUUGCACAUUUAGGAUGGUUUCACACCUGGUAGUCCGGUAGACUCUCUUCGAUUGGGGAAAAGAUUUGUCAUAUUGUCAACUGCUGCGGUUUGCUUUCACACUGCACUGUGUCAAAUGAUCCAAACCCUUUCAAAAAAGGGUUUGGAUCAGUGUUGGCACUGUACCAAUAGCCACCAAAGGAAACUACAUGAGCUAACAUGAAGCUCAUGUCCUCAGAAGAAGACAUGCGAUAACUUCCUUCUUCACAAAAUGUAAACUGAUUUUAGUGGUUGCAGGUUUUGUCUUUGGUAAAAGACUAUGGGUCGUUUUCUGUUUUGGUGGUAUUUACCCAGAAUGCCCUGCUUCUGAAGCCGUCUCUGGUCCGCUUGGCAUUCACAUAGACAUUUGAACCGUUCCAGAGUUCACUUUAACCGAACUGAGACCUAGGUUUGUAGUUCGCUUUCUUGGUCCGCAUCAAAGUGUGAUUGUGGAUUCACACUUCCCCAAAUGAACCAGACUUUCUCGGCAAACAGACUAGAGUUGAAGUGAAGCGGACUGAACAGGGCUGGUGUGAACACCAGCCCUGGGUGUUCCAACUGGGAACACCCAGGGUUGAUGGGUGAUUUCCAACUGGGAAUAAAACUGAAUAAAACACCAUGAAGGCAUGAUGGGUUCAAUCAGUCUGCCCCUUCCUCAGUGAGACUGCACUGGAAAGCUGUCUGUUAGCUUUCAGCUCCCUUUGUGUCAUUCCUUUGACAGAAUGCUGUAUUACCACACCAGGUUUGCUAUUGUUAUUGCGACUUUACCCCAUUUCUUUUAUACUGACAACUGGACAUUGUAUAGCUGUAAAGAUUGACUGAAAGAUGACAUGGUGUACAUAUGCUGUAUCGAUUAAAGACAAUGCAUUGAGCUUUUA